AUGGGCAUCGUCUCCGGCCUCGUCAACAAACCAAACCAAUCAGCCCGCGAAAUCGUCGACGAGAUGAUGACGGACGCGGUGCGUGUGCUUGCAUCUGCAGGGAACUACCUCCAUGGCGGAGUUGACAGCAAUGACGGUGGCAUUGGAAGCAGUUUUGGACCGGCGCCGACGUUGGUAACUCCGGCGGCGAUUGCGAAAUUGUGA